UUGUCUCUCCGGCGAGCAGAUCCACAGCAGUGGCCGAGCGAAUCUCCGAUCUGCGAGCCCAACUGGUUUGGACGCCAGAUUUGAUGCGGGCCAAGCUGUUUUGGUAAGGGUUAGCAAGUGUAAGUAGUAAGUAAGGGGUGAUUAUUGAAUCCUAGCCGCCCAUGGCAGACACACACAGAAUGAAACACAAGGUGGUGGAAGAACCUGAAAAUGUUGAUCUGAGAACGAAGGAGAAGGCAAAAGAAUUCGUAGCACUCCUCCCAGACGACAUCAAACACCUCACGUCUCUACACGACAUUGAAGAGGCGAUAGGGAGAAAGGAAGAGGUGCCCAUCGAAUAUAUACUCCUCCUGUUUGGACAAAGCAACACCAUUUUUAUAAAAUCAUCGUCAUAUUUUUUCCAAGCAGCUACAGAAAUUCCAAAGCUAAAGAUAGAAUGCAACUGGAUUACCUGAACAGAUUAAAGAGAUUCCAGCUGGUUGGCUCUGACAAAUGUUUGGACAAUCGGACCCUGGAUUAUUUUUGUCUCUUAAAAGGGGGUGAAGGACUUUCCUACCAAGAUUUGGUUCACAAAAUACUAUGUUUUAGAAAUCAAUUGAAGAAGUGGGAAGAUGAAUAUAUUGGCAUAUUGCAAGGGAAAUUCUCAAACAAUGAAAACGAUGUGUUACAAGAGAUAGUACGUUCAAGAAGAGAGUUGGAGAAUGCAGAAAAAGUAUAUUUAAUCACACGAAUGAGAAGCUUUCACUACAAAUCAUCAAUUGAAGUGGAUGAUAUAUCUUUCACCGAUGAAAACUUAUUGAAAAAGAUGUUAAGUUUGAAAAGGGAAUUAACGAAAUUGGAAGGUGAAUAUGUUGCGUUAUUGGAAGCUGAGGCAACAUAUUCCUAUCAUGCGCUUUCAACAUACUCUAAACACGUACUUCAAAGUGCAGUAAGUCGGAGAAGAGAACUUCUGGUACUGGAGGAAGAAUGCUUUAUGCCUCUAAAAGGGAGAAUCUCAGUGUUUGAUGUUGGAUCAAUGUCCUUUGGAAGACUACAGGAAGUAAUAAGAAUGAUACAAAGAAUGAAAUUUUAUCCUCCAUUGAAAGAAGAACGAAUGUACCCAAGCUUUAUGCAAGACAACAACAACAUUCACUACAAAAUAGAAUUUCUAGAAACGAUGGUACGUUUGAGGGAGGACUUCUUAACGUUGGAAGACAAAUAUUUGUGCCUAUUACAAGACCGAUACAUUAAGAAUUGCAGCUACACGUCGUUGCUUAAGUUCAACCUAAUUUAUUCUGAAUACCUUUGGGAAUAUCUACUGGAAAUUAUACUGAAUUGGAGAAAUUAUUUGACAUUAUUAGAAGAUUCGUAUGGUUGCAAAUUAGAGAUGAAUUACUCAUGUAUGGGAAUUGAUUCAUCAACUCUUAAACAUGGUUUACAAAAUACAGAGUUCAAGCAGAUGGAAGAAGAAUAUCACAAACUUAUACGAGAGUGGCGUUUAACAAGUCACAACAACAUUUCAUCAAUUGAUGUAGCUCAAAUAUAUGAGAAGUAUAUUAAGCCAGAAGUGUUAGAUAAUAUAGUUUUUUCAAAAAAUGAAAUCAACAAGAUGGAAAUGGAUCGUUAUACCGUACUAGAGAAUCAUGCUCGUCGACUAGAUGAACAUACACAGAGAGGCAUCAAACACGACAUAGAUGAUCAAUUACACCAUAUAGCAUUUUUCCGAAGACGUUUACGAGACAUAGAAGACAUAUAUUUUUAUAUGUUUCAGCACAAGAAUGAAUCAAAAUAUAUACUUCAUACAGCAUGCACCUUCCUGGGUGAAAGAUUCUGAAUCAUUUGAAAGUGCUGCAGAAGAACAAGAGUUUCUCACGAUGUUAUAUAAUUCAAUCAAAUCAUUCAACUUUUAUUGUUCCAAGUGCACGACUUGUGUUAACGUACUGAUUCAAAAUGCUUUGAAAUUAGAAGAUGAUGAAAUUUCACAUGAAGAUGAAGAAGUGCCAGAAAAUUGUUAUCAAGUUUUGCACAAGUUUCUUAGUUCACGUGGUCUCUGUUGUUCCAGUUGCAAGAGUUAUAUAAGGAUGGUUACAAUCCGACCUGCUAAAACACUUGAAAGAAGCUCCAUUAUCGCUCAGCUUGUACAAACUUCAACAGCAUCCACUCCCAGCAACGGUAUUGAAAAUUGAUAUUCAUGCGGUCCAUCUCAAAAUUACCAAUUGCAAAUGAAAGAAGGAGCUCAUGUCUAUUACAAAUACUUGUUAGGUCCCUUGUCUUAUCAAGCCGGAGCCGUUACAAGUUUCCAACAAAGUAGUAGCGCUGGAAGGUGGGAAAUUCAAAGAUCCAUAGUACUCGGUGGUUUAAUUGAAUCAAUUACAAGUUUAGGCAUUGUAACUUCUGCAGUAACUGCUGAUAUUUCUGAUGGGGAUAUAACGACUUUAGCAUUAACAAAUUUGAUCACCGGACUCUUCAUUGUUAGACAUAAUCUAUCAACUGGACUUGUGAAGAAAAGGGAAGAAAGGAGAUGUAGUAGAGCUGGACCGGAAGGGAGUCACUACAAAGAAGUAUUGAGAGAAAAAUUGCGUUAUUUGGUCCAUUUUACCAUUGCUUUCCUGUCAUUCCUAUUUUCUGGCUUAUUGGCUCCGUUGGUUUAUGGAUUCUCGAGUGGAAACAAGGAUUUGAAGAUCUUAACUGCUGCAGGAGCUUCACUUUCAUGCACUGCAUUCUUUGCUAUUCUGAAAGCUCACAUUCAAAAGCCAACAAACUGGCUGGCGUAUGUCAAAACUGCAAGCAUCCAUCUUUCAAUUGGGGUUGCAGCAUUUGUGUUAUCAUACGUAGGAGGUUACAUAUUUGGACAGCUCAUACACUAUCUUUCUUGGUUCCAGUAAAAUAUUCAACACCGACUUUGUCCUUUAUUAAUAUUAUUAUGAUUGUUAAUUUUUUGUUGCUAGGGA